CAGAAGUAAUAUACUCCACCUUUACAUUUCUCUUGGCUACUUGGUUCUUUGGCAUCUGAUUAUUUCAGUGUACAAUUCAUUUGUAUAAGUGAGCCUUGCCAAACGAUUUGAAUAAAACACAACAUAGAAUCAUAGAUCCAUUUUACAGGACCACAUAAAUACAAAGCAACCAAACAGUCAAACACAGUCCCUUUAAAGCAUCUCCAACAACAAAAACUCUUAACAAACCGAGAGAAAAAACAUCAAAGAAAACCGCCUCUCACAAACGUCUUCCGAGGAACUGGACCCACUGGGAUCCACAAAUAAAAAAAAGAAAAAGACUGUGAGACGAUUUUAGCCUGGUUUCUUUUUCUCAGAGAACUACUGAAUUGGAUCCACAGUGGGCUUGUAAACCCGAAUGUAAAAACUAAAGAAUAUCCACCGGUAAUAAGAAUAACAGCAUCAAAUAGAAUAUGCGUAAGGUUUAUUACACAGGGAGAUACUUUCGGAUUCGCAUAUGUGCUUCUUUCUCUUUCGUCUGUUUUCUACGGUUUGGAUUUAUCCAAUCAAAAACGUUUCUGUAUUUAACCCACCUGUGACCUGUACUAUACUUUCCCCAUGUGAAGGGGUCGGAGAAGAAGGAAGGAAGGAGAGCAGCUCAAACAAAACUCUUUCAUUCCAUCCAAGACGACCAACAUUCAAAGAUUGGUAGAAUGAGCAUUGGAGUUGGUUGUUCUUGGGGUAUUUCUUCGGAUUAAAGACUGCAAGGUCAGGCUUGCAUCUACUGGAGAAUUUAUUAGGAAUAAGAGCUUAUGAGUCCUCAAAGUACAUUAAAUACUAGUAAAGCCCUGGAAGGGGUUCAUGGGGUUCAUCUGGUGCCCCAUGCACCUUUUGCAAUUGAAGAGAAUUUCAGUCGGUUGUGUACUGAAGCUAAUCAGAUUCUAUUAAUGAGAAACAUAUGGAAGCAGAGACCAGCAUGCCUGAUGCCAGUACAUUGUUGUAGUCUUCAAGGUGAUCGAACCAUCGCAGAAACUGUUGUUAAUGUACUCACGUCGCUUCCUUUUAUUGUCCUCGGGAUGCAAGCCCCAAGGAAAAAUUGGAGUACUAAACUUUAUGCUAAUUCAUUAAUUGGAGUUGGUGUGGCCUCAAGUCUGUACCAUUCGUCAAGAGGAGAGUUGCGGAAGUACUUGAGAUGGGCCGAUUAUACAAUGAUAGCCACCACAACUGUUUGUCUUUCAAGAGCAAUCAGGAAUGAAAAUCCUAAAUAUCUGAUGGCUGCAUCUGCACUUUUUCUACCUAUCCAGCCUUUAAUGGUUUCAGUCGUUCACACUGGAAUGAUGGAGGUAGCUUUUGCAAAGAGAGCAUUAACUGAUCCAGAUUUAAGGAUGGCCCACAAUGUGCACAAAAUGUCAUCACUCUUGGGAGGUCUGCUAUUUAUUGCGGAUGAUUAUUUCCCGAGUACUCCGUAUAUUCAUGCUGCUUGGCACCUUGCUGCGGCUAUUGGUGUUAGUACCUGCAAUAAGCUUCUUGAGUAAUGUUUGAGAUUUGAUCACCGAAACAUCCCCUUGUUUGAAUCCAUCAGCAGCAUUUGUAGGAAACUGAUACAUACCAGACAAUAACAAGAUUCCUAUGUUAGUUACCCUAGUUUACCCAAAAUAUGGGAAAGCUCCCAAAUUUGCCGAUAUUACCUAGGGGAUAAUUUAUCCAACUGAUUGUUGUAUAGAUUCCCUUCAAUGUUAUAUAUAUAUAUAUAUAUUCUAGUAGAAAUUUAAAGAAUGCAUCCCCUUUAUGGAUUUGUUUUUA